UUUUUUUUUUUAAAUCACAUCCCAAAAGGAUAGUUAAUUCAUUAUAUCCAGCUUAGUAAAUGCUUCUUGGUUAGCAAUUCCCAUAGGCAAGAUAGGUGACUCUUACAGUUUCCUUCAUAAGUUUUGAUGGAAAAAAGCUGGUCAGUUUGUACCUUGUGAGAUGACAGCCAUCUCUUGGACCAAGCAGCUGCACCACCAUCAGAUGAUAAUCUUCAUUCUGGGAAUAGCUGAAUAUUUCCUUUUGCGUACCCCAGAUUUUGAGCUUAUGUAAACUCUGACAGCUUAAUUAACUGAUGUAGUUUUAAGUGGAUAAUUUAAGGCGGAUUGAAGCUGACCACAGCGUAUGUUCCUGCUGUGUUUGUGAAGGGUGCUGUUAGACACUAUAAGGACUCCUCUUGCCUACCUCCAGCCAUAAAGGAGGCUAUGCGUUAAUGUGAUCCUUUAGGCUUUCCUCCAUAGUCAUGAGUGAUCUCUCCCAUUUUCUACUUCUCUCUGAAGACGAGAAAAAUUGCUCUGUGGAUGCACCCCUCUGACUAUACCAGAAACAUCAGUGACUAGAGUGUAGCAUAGAAUUCAUCUUACUUCUUGGCACCCAAUAUGUGCUACACUGCAAGCAGCAUGUUGUACUGCAAGUGCUUAUGAACUGGAGUUUGUUUCUUACCAUAGGACCUCUCCCAGCUCAGCAUCACUCUUCCUGAUGAAGUUAGCUUUAGCAGUACACCUGUACUUGGGAGGUCAUUGCAUUGUAUAUGCCGAUCAAAAUUUUUUCAGGAUUUUUCCAGAUAAAAAAAAGGUAUUACAAGCUCUAAAAUAGAGAGGAGUCAAAUGUAUUUCCUUAAUUGCUGAAUGCAUUGAAGCUCUAGCAGAGCUAGGUACUCAUCCUUUCUUAAUUCUUGCCUCCCCAUCUUGGACCAUUGGCUCCUAUGAACAUAUAGUCCGAGUCCUGAAGCACAGUACAUACAAUAGAAAUAUGGUGUGGCAACCAAAAUAAUUAUGGGCGAUCAAGGCUCCUCUCACUUCACCUAUAUGGCACAACAGCGUCAGAGACUAGAAUUAGCAAUGUAAUGCUCAAUUCACUAAAAAGUUGAAGGCAUAAAAGAUAGCAGGAACAGACAAGACUCUAGUAAGCUUUUGCUGCAUUUAUCUUUAAGGAGAUCAGCAUAACUGUGGAACAGUCACACUAAUGUGGCAGGGCUCUUUUCAAAUUGCUGCAGUUAUGAGCACAGGUAUUUUGAGACUUCUGCUCUGUGGCUUUUCAGCCUCAUUGUUAAAAAGACUCCUCAAAUCACAUAAAGCUAACUACGCAGAGAAGAAAAGAAGAAAUAGACGUGUAUCAACAAUUGACAAAAACUACUGACACCUGAGAUAACUCUGGCAGCUGGAGACAUGCACAGACAUGGUGAAGCGUAAGCACGCAGAUAAGCUGUGCUGUGCCCACGCCCAGCUCAGACACAGUACAACUUCGGAGAGGUACAGAAGAACAGGAUCUCUGAGUAACUCCCUUCAAAAAAUCUUCACAAUGUUCCUUGCUAAAGCUUUGCUGAGUGGAGGAAGUGGUAGUGGUCAUGGAGGGAGCCUUGCACGUGGCCUUGGAGGUCUUCUAACAGGAGGUGGACAUGGAGGGAAUCUUGUAGGACUUGUCGGAGGUCUUGUCAAUCUUAUAAGUGAAGCAGCAGCUCAGUAUAAUCCAGAGCCACCUCCACCUCCUCACAAUCAUUUUAUGAAUGUGGAAGCUUAUGAGAGUGAGGAGAUCAGACGGUUUCGUUGCCUUUUUGUCCAGCUGGCUGGAGAUGAUAUGGAAGUGUCUGCCACAGAGCUAAGGGACAUCCUGAACAAAGUCGUUUCCAGGCAUCAAGACUUGAAGACAGAUGGCUUCAGCUUAGACACAUGCCGUAGCAUGGUCGCCGUCAUGGACAGUGAUACAAAUGGCAAACUGGGCUUUGAAGAGUUUAAGUAUCUGUGGAACAACAUCAAGAAAUGGCAAUGUGUAUACAAGCAGUAUGAUACUGAUCAGUCAGGCACUGUUGGGAGAGCUCAGCUGCCGGAUGCCUUGAAGGCUGCAGGCUUCACCCUGCAUGAACAACUCUGCCAGGUGAUCGUGCGCAGGUACGCUGACGAGGACGGUAGCAUGGAUUUCAACAACUUCAUUAGCUGCUUGGUACGACUGGACAGCAUGUUCCGGACCUUCAAGUCCCUAGACCAAGGUGGAGAUGGACAGAUCAAAAUGACCAUUGAAGACUGGCUGCAGCUGACCAUGUAUUCAUGAAGGCAUAGCAGAGAAGAGUAAGCUUUGUGUGGAAGAUAUACAUGGAAGACUACAAUCCCGUACUAUAGAACUGUAGUCUUUCUGUUGUUCUAAGGCAGAUGUAGUUAGUGGUAGAUAGCUCAGCUUACAGUGUUGCAAUUCCUCUUCUGUGUGCAUUAGUCUGCUUUUCUGAAGGGUUUGUGUCAGUUGGACAGCUGCGUAAGUCUCUCAAAACUAUCUCUGCAUCAAAGUUUAGUUACUUCUUCAUGUAAAGUGGCUUGUAUAUGAGUAUACGUGUUAUAUAAAAAGCUCAUAAGUUUGGUGUUGCUUUGUGGUGUUACUGUUCCGAUUUGUCAGCAUUCACUAGGCUGGAAUAAAGCUGCUUGCCUGAAGGCAAUCACUAGUAAACAGAGUUGUGCAGUUAUUCCUAACAAGGGGGAAAACAUGACAAUUACAAUAACUGUAAUGAUGAAUGAAUUCACAUAAUCAUAUUUAAUUUCCUUCUGACCUCUGCUUUUUCAUGCUUGUCUGCUGAAGCAAAACCUGAGUGGUAUUGUCACUGGCCAGGACAAAAUUGAAGACUUAUAUAAGGCUACUCGUACAACCUUUUUCUCCAUCCUACAAUUCUGUUAACUAGUCUUUUCUCUCUUUCCUUGAAGCCUUAUUAUAGUUAUAAUGAGAACAACUUAAAAUACUGCGUUUAUAUUUAGAGAAGCUUGCUGUAAUAAUGCAAUCCCAUAGCAGCCAGCCAGCCAAAAUCAACCUCUGGCUUUCUGAGUUAAAUUUUAUCAGGGCACAGAGUCCCACUAAAGCUAGUUAUGCAGUUCUGUCCAAGACAUCAAUUUUUGAGUAAAAAAAAAAAAAAAAAAGGAAUAAUGUGAACUGUCAAAUGUACAUUUCUUCAAAUUAAGGAUUACAUAGUUGAUGAAAACAGCUCUUGCACUGCAAUGUAACAAAGCAGAAUUCUCAGCAGGGCUGUGCUGCUUUAAAAGAAAAUUGUGUAGGGUGUGUACCAGCUGACUGGAAUGUGAAAGGAUGAGUGGAGUAGCCCAGCCUGGGCACUGUGUACUGCACUGCGCACAGUCUCCAGAGGUAAGAGUCUACAUGCCCCUGCCACUCCCCAGGGAGACAUCAGUGACUAAUUGAGAAAUACCACACAAUAGCUGCAGGGCAUCUGAAUACUAAUGUGUUUUGGUUUUGUUUCUAAAUCUCCAUAGCUUUGAUUUCUAAAUCUUGCAGUUGGCAGAUAGUAUUUUCCAAACUGAUGAAAUCUCCUGACUGGUAUACUUGCAGAGGCCUUUUACUUGCAACUUAGGAAAAAGUUAACUUACAACUUUUGCCCAGACUGUUUUCCUCCUGCUCUUUGUUUAAUACCAAACUGGGUGACAGAAACAGUAAAAAUAGUUGUAUUGUGAUGAAAGAGGUCAGUUCCUUCAUAAUGGCAUUCACCCCCCUCCCAGUUAUUCAGUGAAAAAACAGAGUUAUUCACAGUGGCAUUUGGGCUCUGAGUAAUAGAAAACUGAGCAUGAGGGAAAGUGUGGUACCUCUACGUGAGCACCAUCCUACCAGGUUUGUUUCAGAAUUUCCCUUUCUGACUCGUUAGGACUUGCAUGUAGCAAUGGGCAGUGGAAGUUUGGAGUUACAGCAAAAGCUUCUUAGACUAUGAGCCGGGAUAUGAACACAAGAGGUGCAUCUGCAGUUCCUCCUCAAAUGGUCCAGCUGUAGCUUUUUUGUGGUAGCCUUGUAAGUGACUCAUGGUUUACUCAGCUAAUCAGAACAGGAAUGACCAGUGCACACACAUAUACAUACACACACUUGAUUUUUCCUGUUGCCUUACAUAGUGAGAAAAAAGUUUUGGGGCAGUAGUACUUUAAACUUUAUUGACUGCAUCUGUCUUGCAGAGAGCUUUGCUCACUGCAUAAAGUUUACUGAUUAUCCAGCCCGAAUCUCCUUGUGCAACUCUUAAAUGGAGACUGUUCACAACAAUGCAAAUUUUAGUGUUUAGCAAAGUGUAAGAUUUACUGUAUUAUAUGAAAAACCCAACAACAAAACACUAGUUACCAUAGCAUGCUAUAGUGAAAACAGUAGCAGAAAACUAGUUACCUUAAAGAAAACAAGGGUUGUUGAGGGUAUGCUAUGUUUCAGUUAUUUUGUGUAGCAUAAAUACAAAUAUAUAAAUAUUGAUGUUGUACUUUGCUAUUUAGAGAACCGGAGCUCAGCUCACGUGUUUUUUCCUUAAAAUAUUAUUGCAUGCAUAGGCUGCAAAAACAGCUAGAUACAGAUAGAAAGACUAUUGCAAGUUGCUCUUUUGCAGUGGUGCUACAUGAACACUGAAGGAUUUCUGGCAUUUUCAGUUUAACACCUAUCAUUUCUCCUUAACCAAAAUGCCAGAGCAUCUGGAAGUUAGCCAGCAUCCUAGGGUUUAUUAGAGCUAGUCACAACAUGAUCUUGCAAGUAUAGUAAGUUUAUUUCCUACUCAGAUGGCUGGAGUUCUGUGUAUCAGAUUGCACUCAGUUUUGGUUACUGGGGUUUAGCACUUUAGUGAAAGUAACAUGACCCUUAUUAGCUCUUGUCAUUUUAGCACAGCCAAAGCUGUGUUAACUGAUUUCAAAAGUUAUUUUUAAUGAGACUAUUUUAUUUAAAGUUUACUUCCCAAUUCUUUUCCUGUGAUACUAAUACUUCUUCUUUAAAAAUAAAUUUUAAAAAAUAUUCUAAUCGCAAACAGUCCUUUGCUAAGAAUUCAGCCUAUAAAACUGUCCAGAAAUAAUAUUCCAUGGAACUUUGAACAAUUAUUAUCUACAGUCUUGCUUCAGUUGUUUUAAGAGUUUAGGUUUAUAAUGAUAAAUGUUAAAAGUUAGAUCUACUAUCGUUAUGAGAACUAUGAUGCAGCCAAAAUACUUAAAGUCAAACUUUGCAGCACAAUAAGAGCACAGAUUUCUAAAUAAAAUAGCAUUUAUGAGAGAACAUUGUCCUUUUCUAAUGAUUGAAAACUGUUGAAAGCUAUAUCCCUUAGACACACAUGAAAAUAACUUUAAAGACUAUUCAUAUUUUUGCGAAGAAGUUUCCUUAAAAUUCACAGGCCUUUAAAGUACAAGAUGUUCAAAGGUUGUCUUCAAAAAAGAUUGGUUAGACCAUUAAUAUAAGGAAAAUCACACUUCUCCAUGCAAAACAGUCUUGAAUUGGUGUUGAAGGCUAAAUAAAAUUGUAUCUUAGUGGUUUUAAAUCCUGUCAAAUAUAUAGCUUGACAAAUAAAAGUUAGUACUGAGUCCAUUAUUACACAUAUUUUGUUAAUCAAGGACUAUCUUAAGACCUACAUUCAAUGACAGAAAUCCCUAUUUCAUAGAGCCCAAGAUUUUCAAAGCGCUCUACAGAGCUGCCUUAGCAUUUCUCCACUGGCAAGCUCCAUAUUCCACUAUUCAGCAGCAGAAAGUCAAGAACAGAAAGGUUAAGGCUGGUAUGCUCAAGUGGGCAUUAGAAGUUGGUAGGAGAGCCAGAAAUAGAGUCUAGAUCUGGCUGUUCACUACAGAUUUACCCAGGAGACCACCCCUCUCGCUUGGCUGAAAAAGUUUUGUGCUGUCCUCAGACUAAGGGAGUCCGCUUCUUUAAAAGUCUUUUUCUUCUUGAAAUGUACAACACAUCCACAAAGGGAACUCUGCUUUACACUUUUUUGCUUUUAAAAUGUUUUUUAUGAAAGUCGUGUUUGUGAAUGUUCAAAACUACGAACUACUAGUAAUCGCUACUAUGUUUUCAUUACCUACCAUGUGUCCCUUCACGUAACUCUUGUAUAUGGCUUCUUCCCCAGACUGGGUGUUUCCCAAAACCCUCAAGAAACUUUCAGUGUGGUCACAGGAACACUACUGACUUAAGCAUAUAUUUCAACGGGCAUCUGCCAUUUUCCUGAUCUGCAAAUAUAAUGUAGCUUACACAGAAUUAAUCACGAAUCCCAUCAAAGCAAGCUUCAAAUGUUUUGUUGAAGUACCUUUGUAGUUAACACAUUGAACUGUUCAUUCAGAUUAGAACUGGAAUUAUCAGAGAGGCUGUUACACUGAAUUCAUUGCAUUUGUGGCUUAAAAGGUAGGACAAUGUAGUGGCUUCAAAAUAGCACGUAGGGCAAUGCAUUCACCUCAAAGAAAGGCUUAAGACAGACCAUGUAGAUUUACUGCAUCAUCAGGCUGUACUUUCACUGGCAUCUAUUUUACUGCUAAAGGUUCCCAGGAAGAACUAACUAUAGGCAACAGCCUCACUGUUGGCCUGUUUAUUCUAGGAUGUUGCAUUGGGCUCUGGACUUCAGCAAGUGCCAGUGCUACAUGAACUGUUACAGUUACCUUAAAGACAUGUAUUCCAGUUCUCGUUAGAGGCUUCUUUGAGGUCAUAUACUAAAGAAAAACUUGUAAGUUGUUUUAAAUCUUUUUUGUUUGUGUGUUUAUAAGAUAGAAAUUGAUACCCCAUUUCUAGCUAUUGAAAAUACAUAUAUAGCUACUUCAGCCCUAGUAUUACAUAUAUUUAGUGAGCUGUUAGUAUUUUUUUUCAGGAAGAACAAAUACCUCUCGUGUUGUAAACUGUCUUAGUGCAUGUUGUAUAGUUGAUUUAUACAACAGCUUUUAAAGCAAUUUGCUAUAUUAACUAUAAAUACUGCCAUACGGA